AGCGUAAUACUUCAGUUCUGGAUACCGUGAGGAAACAUCAUGCAAGCUCCGCGCGCCACCAGAUCUCGGAGCUGUUUUUCUUUGAAGAAUGUUUUAUUUUUCGUGUCUCCGCUGUUAUUGAACAUGAAUUAUGCAUUUCGUGCGAACAGUCGCUUGUAAGGUGCAUCAGCUCCCGGGAAUGAUAGCGACUUGACGGAUUGACCUGGUGUCAGAGGGAAACACUGGAUGAAUGAAGUCACCUUUUCUAUCGAUCAGUUUGUUCCGUCACAUUUAUUUGCUUUCAUAAAGGAAUUGGAAACGUUUUGCUGAAAAACAGAUGGGCCAAGCAUCUUCACAUAAUAAUAUGCACGUGCAGUGGAAUUAAUAAAGAGCUAGUUUAGGAUAAUAAGCACAAAGUGUUUGGAAACUUCACAAUGAGGCUGAAAUCAUCAACGUUAGGUUACCUGUUCCUUCAAUUCAUGACUCUAUGUUUUUAUGCGCAGAUGACCAUGCAGUCCAUCUCUGUGCCCAAUUUUAAGCACCAUGUAACGGAGCAGAGUCGUCUGUCAGACAGGACGAGUCGAAGGUUAACACGGACUUAUCAGCUCUACAGCCGGACCAGUGGUAAACAUGUUCAAGUCCUGGGCAACAAGAGAGUCAAUGCCAAUGGCGAAGAUGGAGAUAUUCAUGCUAAACUUGUUGUGGAAACUGACACGUUUGGAAGCCGGGUUCGAAUCAGGGGAGCAAAAACUGGAUACUACAUUUGCAUGAACAAGAAAGGCAAGCUUAUUGGACGGUGGAAGGGCCGUGGAAGGGACUGCAUAUUCACAGAGAUCGUUCUGGAAAAUAACUACACGGCUUUACAGAACGCCAAGUACAAAGGCUGGUAUAUGGCCUUUACGCGCAAGGGCCGACCCAGAAAAGCCAUGCAGACCCAGCAGCACCAGCGAGAGGCCCACUUCAUGAAACGUCUUCCUCGAGGACACCUUUUUACAGAACAGAAUACUUUCGAUUUAAUCCCGUAUCCCCUUAACAAGAGGACUAAGCACCAUCAGCGCACAAGCGUGAAUUGAGAAAAGGGCAGCGAUUCACAUGCACUUUUACAUGCAGUCAAACACUGCCGGAGCCCCCCUCAUAUCUUAAUUUGAAUUUAUCUAAUCUAUGUGCAUUCAGAGUUAUUGUACAUCACGCCAAACUUUUCGAAAGAGUGGACCCAUGAUAGUUAUAAAGAUUAAGGAACCUGAGCAGACUCUGAGAUGAAUGACUGUACUAGGAACAGUGUGUUCUGGGAUAAUGCCAGUAUAAUGACUGAAGAGACUGAACUGUUGAUUGAUUAGGGCAGUGUGGGCCUAGUAAUAAUGAACAGCAUAUCUCUGGGAAUGAAGUAUGACAACAGAACUUCACCAAAGUGGCAGCUACCUACAGAUGAUCACAAACACAUGCAAAUACACACAGAUUCCAUGUGGUUGAAUGAUAUUAUCAAGAAGCAUCUUUAUUGUUUUUACAUUACUAUAUAUUUUUAUUGGAAGAUUUGUAAGAUUCUUAAAAAAAAAAUGAUGGAAAUAUUUAUUAUAGAGCGUG